UUUUUUUUUUAAAUUUCCCCGAGUUAUGUUUAUUUAAAAUUCCUAAAUUUGUUUUAAUUUAUUAUAUUAAAAAUUAAAAUAAUCUUUACUUAAAAUCAAUUUCAAUAUGAAUAAAUCUUUGAUAAUUUUCCUCCUGCUUGCUCUGAUUUUCUGCGAAUCACAUGCUACUGGGAGAGGGAGCAUCCGUUCAUCAAACAAGAAAAUCAAAAUAAAAUGCAUAGAUAUGCUACUGAAAUAUUGCGAAUUAAGCACAAAUUUUGAAUUGAAAGAAUAUAAAAAUGAAAAAUUAAUAGAAAUUCUAGAUACAAAUAAUGUAGAGGAAAAUAAUAAACUAAACAGACUUUUUGGGAAAAAAAUUCGCAAUCCGCUAGAAAGACUACGAAUUUAUUUCCGCUAUUGCAAGGAUUAUGAGAAAGAAACUGAUGAGAGCAAAAAAGAAAUUUUAAGAAAAUAUUUGAAAAAGAAUAACCUUACAUUAUUAGCGGGGUCCUCUUCUGAAUUUACCAAAAUGGAAAUAUUAAAGCGAAUAGAGAAUCUAUUCACAGUUACGGGUAUUUUACCAAUUACAAUCUAUUUCCAAGAAAAUAUUAUGGGAAAGAAGGAGGUAAUCUGGUUAGAAUAUUUAUCUUAUGCUUCCUACCUAAUAAUUAAAGACCUAAAUAAGAUAUAUACUCAAUUGGGCGGAAGUGAAACUAGAGGCGAGAAUAUGAAAAAGAUUGCAAGGGAUUAUGAUCAAUUACGAAGUCAUAUAAUCAAGAAUAGCACAGACGAACAGAUACUCUAUGUGAAUGCUUCUGGAACACUUAAAAUCACUAAUCUUACACAACUCAUAGAAAAUCUUGCCAAAGACGCUAAUAUGAUAUUGUCUAAAAACACGCACAUAACGAUUCAAAAGUCAUUUAUUGAAAACUUCAACAAGUUCACUGAGAAAUUCUCUAAUUCCAUUGAAGAUCUUAUAGACCUUCAUAAUUUUUUUGUGAUAAUAACUGUGCAUAAACUGAAUUUGCUACUAAAAGAUGUAAAAUUAGAAAAAGAAUUAUUCAACGGAUAUUCCCACCUAGAUUCUAAUGAUAUUCAAAGGAAAUGUCUAAAUAAUUUAUUAUCAGUUAAUGAUAGAAUCUUGGAUCCUUUAUUCCUUAUAAAGCUAAACAAUAAAACGAUAAAUACGUUUAAGACAAUUGCGAAAGAUAUGCUAAAGCAAAAACAAUGGUUAAAAAAUAUGCUUUUUAUUGAUACCAAAGCUGAUUUAAAGUUGACUAGUUUAGAUUCGAUACAAUUUCCAGAAGCAUUCUAUAAACUAGGAAAAGACCAUAUUAAGAAUAGUGUUAUGUUGACUAAAUUGAAAAGAUAUGAAGGAUUUUAUUCUGCACCUAAUAUCUGGUUUGAAUUAUUUUUGAAUCAUCACUAUUCAGAUUUAGUUGAAACCAAUGAACAAAACAAUAUCAUAUUCAUAAUAGAGAUAGCAAUUACAAUGCUAAAUGACUUAAUUCUUUAUCCCAAUUGUAACGAGGCAAAGAAAAGUGAUGAUGUUCGAGAUUAUUCUCGCAUUACAAACGCUCUUAACUUAGCCUAUUUGUUUGAAAGUACCCAAGAUAUUGAUCCUAAUAAAGUUUGGCUUGAACCUUCUAAAGCGAAAAUUUUAAUUGAACAUUUUUGCAAGAAAAAUACUAUUAUCCCAUUCAAUAUUGAAGCAAAAAAAAUAAUCGAAGUAUUAUCAGCAUCUUUUGCUGUUGCGAAAAAAUAUAAAUGUAUAAAAAGCUCUAUGAAUUUGAAUAAUUGUGAAAGACCUAAUCAAGCAGAAUUAUAUUCUCAAAGGGCAAGGGUAUUAUAAAUUUCUAUAUUUAAAUGGGCAAUUUAUUUCAAAAACUUUAUUUAUCAAUAAUAAUCACACAGAAAUUUGAUUAAAAAUAUGUUUAAAAAAAUAA